UACAGGUUAAGCUACACAGCAGUAUAUAAAGUAAUUAAAAUUAGCUCCACCUUUACCAGCUGCAACACUGAAGUGAUGUUAAUAUAUCACUAAUACAAUACACGGUAUAUGAUUCUGAAAUGGGUCAUUCUGCAUAAUGAGUACUUUCGGUACUUUAAAUAUAUUUUGACGCUUAAACUUCUGCACGUUUGCUUUUUUAAAUUCAGGAUUUUUGCUUGUAACAGAGUGUUUUUGCACUGUAGCAUUGCUCCUUUUACUAAAGUAAAAUAUCUGAAUGCUUCUCGCACCACUGGUAGUCUGUGUUUGAUCAGUGGGGGUCCAACAGCAGACUCUUUGCCCUGGGGGCCCCUGACAGUUUAAUCCGGCCAUGAAACUAUUGUUUUUAUGUUUCUUUUAUUUGUUAAAAGGGACACAGAGACGCUGCAGACAGCCCGAAAGGCCUGUGCAGUUACUGAAAUGCACUGAGAAGAAAUGCAUCAAAGUUUUCCUCAUGAAAACUGAAAAUGGAGUCAGACAGGCAGUGCAGUAAUUUCAUUAUCUCCAUUACAUGAUUUAUAAUCAUGUGCAAUCAAAAGCUGCGCUCUUCAAUCAGCUUCUGAUUUCACUUUUACUUUAUUUCUUUUCCUUUUUUUUUCUCUGUGGGGGAACACGUCAUGUGGUGAGCUCACAUUAGCAUUUCGUGUGGUAUUUAAAGAGUCCGUCCCCCCUCGCCUGGCAGACCGGAGAGCCCCGCUUCCAUCAGAGCCGGGACCGUGCGUGUGUGUGCGUGUGUGUGCCGGGUUGCAGCUGAACCACUCAGCCGUCCGGAGGUCUGAGGUGGGCGGAGACUGAGCCCGAGGUCCUCCCGUCCGCAGCGACUCACCGUGCAUUUCGGACUCGGCACCCGCACCCGUCCGAGGAGGAAACAUCAUGGCAACGACUACUUGCACACGUUUUACAGAUGAAUACCAGCUGUACGAGGAGCUUGGCAAGGGGGCCUUUUCAGUGGUGCGCCGCUGUGUCAAACUCUGCACAGGCCAAGAGUACGCCGCCAAAAUCAUCAACACCAAAAAGCUCUCGGCCAGAGACCAUCAGAAACUGGAGAGAGAAGCCAGGAUCUGCAGAUUGCUCAAGCACUCCAACAUUGUUCGUCUCCAUGACAGUAUCUCAGAGGAGGGCUUCCACUAUCUCCUCUUUGACCUGGUGACAGGAGGGGAGCUGUUCGAGGAUAUAGUCGCUAGAGAGUACUACAGCGAAGCAGAUGCCAGUCAUUGCAUCCAGCAGAUCCUGGAGGCCGUGCUCCACUGCCAUCAGAUGGGGGUGGUACACAGAGACCUCAAGCCAGAGAACCUGCUGCUGGCCAGCAAGUGUAAGAACGCAGCAGUGAAGCUGGCUGACUUCGGACUGGCUAUUGAGGUUCAAGGAGAACAGCAGGCUUGGUUUGGAUUUGCAGGGACCCCCGGCUACUUGUCCCCAGAGGUGCUGAGGAAGGAGGCGUAUGGUAAACCUGUUGACAUCUGGGCAUGUGGUGUGAUCCUCUACAUCCUUUUGGUUGGAUACCCUCCGUUCUGGGACGAGGACCAGCACAAACUCUACCAGCAGAUCAAAGCCGGAGCGUACGAUUUUCCCUCCCCAGAGUGGGACACGGUGACUCCGGAGGCUAAAAAUCUGAUCAACCAGAUGCUGACUAUCAACCCAGCCAAGAGAAUCACUGCCCAGGAGGCUCUGAAGCACCCAUGGGUCUGCCAACGCUCAACGGUGGCCUCUAUGAUGCACAGACAGGAGACAGUCGAGUGCCUGAAGAAGUUUAACGCCAGGAGGAAGCUCAAGGGUGCCAUUUUGACCACCAUGCUCGUCUCCAGGAACUUCUCUGUGGGUCGGCAGACUACAGCCCCCGCUUCCGUCAGCGCUGUGGCUGGAACCACCGCUGGCAUUGUGGAGCAAGCAGCCAAGAGUCUCCUCAACAAGAAGGCUGAUGUCAAGCCGCAGACAAACAGCACGAGAAACAGCAUAGUCACCAGUCCCAAAGGCAACACCCCCUCUGCUGCACUGGAGCCUCAGACUACUGUUAUCCAUAAUCCAAUAGAUGGGACCAAGGAAUCAUCCGACAGCAGCAACACCACUAUUGAGGAUGAAGAUGUGAAAGCUCGCAAACAGGAGAUCAUAAAGAUCACAGAGCAGCUUAUUGAAGCUGUCAACAAUGGAGACUUUGAGGCUUAUGCGAAGAUCUGCGACCCUGGUCUGACCUCGUUUGAGCCUGAGGGGCUUGGUAAUCUGGUGGAGGGAAUGGACUUCCAUAGAUUUUACUUCGACAAUCUCCUCUCCAAGAACAGCAAACCCAUCCACACCACCAUCCUCAACCCUCACGUGCACAUGAUCGGUGACGACGCCGCCUGCAUCGCCUACAUCCGCCUGACGCAGUUUGUCGACGGGCAGGGCCGUCCCCGCUCCAGCCAAUCAGAAGAGACCAGAGUAUGGCACCGCAGGGACAGCCGGUGGCAAAACGUCCACUUCCACUGCUCAGGAGCUCCCGCUGCCCCGCUGCAGUGAUGAGGGACUGAGACUGAUGAGGAGGCGCAGAGGAGCAGAACAGGAACAAGUGGAUAAUCUAAGAGAGCGUAUCAGCACUGAGAGAGAGGUGCAGGUGGAUGGAGGGUGGUUUAAAGGUGAUUUUGGGAUCACGGCCGUCCUCCUGCACUCUGCCUCCCCACCUCGCUCUUCUCUCUCCGUCUCUCUCCAACCUCACAGACAGCAACACCGACGCUCCCAUCGCCGAAACCUACGCUACAGCAGAGGGCAUAUCAGCCAAAAAAAAGGAAACUCUUUAGCCUGCGUCUUGUCUUCAGUAUGUGGCUGCAGUCUGCGACGCUGCACCAGCCCGACAUACCCGGACAACAACUGUCCUCCUCCCGCCACAAAGCCUCCAGCAUGGCGCUCUCCUGUUGAAGAUUUACCCUUUUACUUCUCCUCAAACAUAAAAUUAUUGUUACUUACUUCUAGUAUUAUUAUGGCUGCAGUCUAUUGUAGUGCUCUUUCAACUGUACAGUAUAUUUAUUAGUCAUUUUAAACCUUUCAUUCUGGUAUCUUCUUCUUCUUCUUUUUUAUGACGAGCAUGACUCCUACCUGUGUUCCUAUUACCAGUGGCUGUUUUUCUGCACGACUAAGGCUGCCUGUGUGAAAUGAACAAAACAGUACCACGAGUCUCACAGAGAGAGACCAGUGGGUGUGUUUAAUUAUCCGUUUUGUUUUGUUAUUCAAUGAAGCUUUUUUUUGUGUGUGUGUGUGUGUGUGUGUGUGUGUGUGUGUGUGUUUCCUCUUUCUCUGGAGUGUAGUUGACCCUGAACCGACGCCUCCGUGUGUUCACCGGACCCCUCUGAGCCGCUCUGUGAGACAGUGAAAACCAUGCAGCAUGCUAAGAUAUUACUGUCGUUCUUAAUUGAUUCUCUAUGUACUGAACAUUGCAAGGUAACUACUGAAAUUAUGACAAUGGUUGAAACUAUAGUAUCACACUGUUUAUGUAAAUUUCCAGUUUCAUCGUGGUGACUUAAUAACUAUGCUGUAGAUGGUAUUUAAUUGCAUGAUAUUCCAAGUUAAUAACAGUGGUAAAUUGGGUGUCACCGUGCAUUUUUGUUGAUUUUUAUCUUUUUGGACUGGUGAGCUAUAAUCUAUUGCCUCUAUUUUCUAGGCUUUGUAAGUGCAUAAAUUAUUUUUGUGUUAAUAUGACGAGUGUAGUAAAUGAAAGUACUGGUGAGGAUCAGGACAGAAUAUGCCUUUUAAAGAAAUUGCUGCAUCCAGAUCAGUUUUAAAAUGGCUCUUUACUGUAUCAAAGACAAAACCCAAGAUCCUAAUUAAUCACUUUCACUUUUUAGAGAGUAGACUGAAGAAAAUGUUAAACUCAGAUUUCACAUCAGGGUCUUAAUUUAGAUUAUUCUCUGCUUUUUAAAGCGCAGCUUUUUACUUUGCACGUCUAAAGAAAAGACUGUGUUUAUGUGUUUUAAAAAGCUAAACAAUGUACAGGUAUCGGGAUUCUAGAAAUACUGAACUCAUGAGUCAGAACAAUUCGAUCCGACACCAAAAAUAGCUCUCAAGUCUCAAGAUAGUUUUGAAUUAUUUGGAUUUAUUCAGUUAACGGUUAUACUGUUUGUAAAUUUCCUGCCCCGAGAUAGAAGUCUCUGUCCAGCCUUUUUUUCAGCUUCGUGACAAUGCACCAUCCUCUCCUCGAGAGGGCGCCAACAUCCAGUAACAGAGAAUUACUGCAUAUCUGAGCCAACUGCAGGGUUCAAAAUAUAAAUGUGAUCAGAGGCUGAGUUCUGCAUCGAGGUGGGUGUUGGUGAGAGCGGGA